AUGCCGUUUGGAAUAUCUCCAGCUCCAGAAGAGUUUCCACGAUAUCUAGAUUUAGCGCUGGAAGGAUUGGAAGGAAUUAAAGCAAUUUGUGAUGACAUACUUGUCUGCGGAGUUGGUGAAUCUUAUGAAGAAGCAGUGCAAGACCAUGAUAACAAGUUGGUGAGUCUGCUUGAGCGCUGCAGAAGUAAAGGAAUAAAGCUGAAUUCAAAGAAGCUGCUGUUUCGUCGCAAGCAAGUGAGUUUUAUGGGUCAUUUAAUCACGUCGAAGGGACUGAGGCCUGAUCCAGCAAAGGUGGAGGCGAUCCGGAAGAUGCCGAUACCGUCGAACAAGCAAGCGGUGCGACUCCUCCUUGGAAUGGUUAAUUAUUUGCAAAGAUUUUCACCAAAUUUGUCUUCAGUCACAGCACCGUUAAGAGAGUUACUUAAAGAACAGAAUGCGUUCCACUGGAGAGAAGAUGUCAAAGCGAAGUGUUUCAGCGAAGUGAAGAAGAUUUUGUCAUCACCUCCCUUGUUGAAAUACUUUGAUCCAGAUCAAGAUUUGGAGUUGCAGUGCGAUGCUUCUGAAAAGGGAUUAGGGGCCUUCCUAAUGCAAAAUGGUCAACCGAUUGCCUACGCGUCGCGGUCUCUUACGAAUACCGAACAACAGUAUGCUCAAAUUGAGAAUUUGGCGCCGAGAAGUUCGAACAGUAUGUUUAUGGACGACGAGUGA